GACCGGUGACGCUAGGCAGUUAUCUGAAUCAUAACUUCCUUGUUAUUGCCAAAACGUUUGAACCUAGGAGUCGAGGAAUGUGUCAACACAGGCUUGUCGUUCUCGGUGAAGGGAGAAGGCAGGGCAACCUAGCCUGAAGCUCUCCCUGGCCUCUCUCCCUUGACGCCUCCAUCCAUUCUCUAUCUCCUGUUUGGUCUUUCUCCCUCUCCCUGUCUUCUGGAGCCAUGAUGCUGUGUUGGGGCAGUGCGUCUGCAGGACAGCUCGGUGUGGGAGAGUCAGAGAGCCCUGUUCUGGAGCCACAGUCCUGCCGGGUGUUUAGCGGACGGCUGCUGAAGGACGUGGCCUGUGGGGGACAACACUCGCUCUUCCUGUUGCGUGAUGGGAGUGUGUACACAUGUGGCUCCAACUGCAAUGGACAGCUGGGCCACGAGAAGACCGGAAGUAUGCCAGAGCUGGUGGGAGCUCUGGACGCCCAGAAGAUUGCUGGUGUGGCGUGCGGCUCUGCCCACUCGCUGGCGGUGAACGAGCAGGGCCAGGUGUUCACCUGGGGGGCUGGCAGUGAAGGCCAGCUGGGGCUGGGCACAGCAGAAGAGGCCGUCAGAGUGCCCAGGUUGAUCAAGAAGCUGUGUGAGCAUCGGAUCACGCAGGUGAUGUGUGGCAACCAGCACUGCAUCGCACUCUCCAAAGACGGGCAGUUGUUCACGUGGGGCCAGAACUCCAACGGUCAGCUGGGUCUGGGCAAGGGGGAGCCCAGCACCAUGUCCCCCCAACCCCUCAAGUCUCUGGCGGGGAUCCCCCUGUCUCAGAUCAGUGCUGGAGGAGACCACAGCUUUGCCCUGUCCCUCUCAGGGGCCGUGUUUGGCUGGGGCAAGAACAGCGCUGGGCAGCUGGGCCUGAAUGAUGAACAAGAUCGUGCAGUCCCUUGCCACAUAAAAUUCCUAAGGUCACAGAAAGUGGUCUACAUCAGCUGUGGGGAAGAGCAUACGGCAGCGUUAACAAAGGACGGAGGUUUGUUUACAUUUGGAAACGGCUCCUGGGGCCAGCUGGGCCACGACUCCACCAACAAUGAGCCCCUCCCUCGUAGAGUCCUGGAGCUCAUGGGCACGGAGGUGUCCCAGAUCGCCUGUGGCAGGCACCACACCCUGGCAUUUGUGCCCUCGUCCAGCCUGGUGUACGCCUUUGGCUGCAACGCUGACGGCCAGCUGGGCACUGGCGCCACGGCUGACGCCAAGACCCCAGUUCCUCUCUGCAGCGUACCCCCCUCCUGUAUAGCAAGUCUUCAGUCCUCAGGAGAUAGCCAGGCGUCCAGGACAGGCAGCUUGAGGGACAGCGUGAGAGACGCUCUCAGCUGCUGCUGGAGAGGCUCAGUACAGGAUCCAGAGCAUUUCAUCAUCAGGAAAAUCCACUGCGGGGGAGACCACAACUUCCUGUUGUACGGCAGCAAUGAAGACUUGGCGCUCCCCGAGGACUUCCGUGUGAUAAACACCACCAGGAGCAUCUCGCUAAUUAAUUACGAGAGCCUGAACAUGCUCAGACUGAAGCUGUCCGACACCACAGACUCCAACAUAACCAACGAUGCCAUUCUAUUGCUCUCGUCCACUGCAUGUUGGAACGCCAGCUUUCUGGACCAAAGUGAUGAUGGCCACUUCAAAACCAACCCCAAGAUCCCAGGCAUUGACCUCAGCUCUGUGCGCCUGCUGUUUGACCUGCUCAUGAAGCCAGACUUCGCUAGACUGUUGGAGCAGGCCACCAAGAGCUUUGAGAGCCUGCUGAUCCCCCAGCUGCCCUGCUCCCCGCCGGACGUGGAGGCCAUGCGCAUCUACCUGAUCCUGUCCGAGUGCCCCGCUCUGCAGGACUCCAAGAACUACAUCUCUCUCACCAUCCCCCUUGCCAUGGCCAUCCUCCGGCUCGACGCCAACCCCAGCAAAGUGCUCGAUAACUGGUGGUCGCUGGUGGACUGCGAGGUCUUCUCCAGGCUGGUGGAGCUGUACAAAAGCAUAGUGGUGUUCCUGCUGACCGGAGGGAAAGCCCUGCUCAUCCCUGCCUUUCUGGAGAGCUACAUUAGCGCUACGCUAAGACUCCUGGAAAAACUCCACAAGGUGAACCUGAAGGCUCACCAUGUGGAGUACAACUGCUUCUACAUCCCCGACAUCACCAGCCUGGUGGACAUCCAGGAAGACUACCUCAAGUGGUUUCUGAGCAAAGCUGAGAUUAAAAUGAGAACCCCUGCAGUACAGAAUUCUGUAACCCUAUGUGCCUAUCCGUUCAUAUUGAACGCUCAAGCAAAGACAACCAUGCUGCAAACAGAUGCCGAACUGCAAAUGCAGAUGGCAGUGAGCGGUGCCAACCUACACAACGUCUUCAUGCUGCUGACGCUGGAGCCCUUGUUGGCGCGGAACCCCUUCCUGGUGCUGCACGUGCGCCGAGGCCACCUGGUCAGCGACGCGCUGCGCGAGCUCACCAUCUACUCCGACGUGGACCUCAAGAAGCCCCUAAAGGUGAUCUUUGAUGGGGAGGAGGCUGUGGACGCCGGGGGAGUCACCAAGGAGUUCUUCCUGCUGCUGCUGAAGGAGCUCAUGGACCCGGUGUACGGCAUGUUCACGCACUACUCCGACUCCAACCUGCUCUGGUUCUCUGACAAGUGUUUUGUGGAGCACAACUGGUUCCACCUGAUUGGGAUCAUCUGUGGCCUGGCCAUCUACAACUCCACGGUGGUUGACCUGCACUUCCCACUGGGGCUCUACAAGAAGCUUCUAGAUGUUUCUCCCACCCUAGAGGACCUCAAGGAACUGUCUCCUACGGAGGGCAGGAGUCUGCAGCAUCUUUUGGACUAUGAGGGAGACGACAUUGAGGAGACCUUUUGUCUGAACUUUGCGAUCACCAGAGAGUAUUAUGGGCUGACGGAGGUCAAAGAGUUGAUCCCAGGAGGAGAGGGCAUCACGGUGGACAGGACGAACAGGAUGGAGUUUGUGUCGGCGUACCUGCGCUACGUGUUUGUGGACUCGGUGCAGGAGCUGUACGCGGCCUUCUCCAGCGGCUUCCUGAAGGUGUGUGGGGGGAAGAUCCUCUCCCUGUUCCAGCCCUGCGAGCUCAUGGCCAUGGUGGUGGGCAACUGCAACUACAACUGGGAGGAGAUGGAGAACAACGCUGUGUAUAAGGGCGAGUACUCCGCGUCCCACCCGACCAUGCGCAUGUUCUGGGAGGUGUUCCACGAGUUUCCACUGGAGAAGAAAAAGCAGUUCUUACUGUUCCUGACGGGCAGCGAUCGCAUCCCCAUCCACGGCAUGGGCAGCCUGCACAUCGUCAUCCAGUCGACCUCGGCCGAGGAGCACUACCUGCCCGUGGCCCACACCUGCUACAACCUACUGGACAUGCCGUGCUACCGCACCAAAGAGACGCUGUGCCGCCGCCUCACGCAGGCCGUGGAGCAGUACGAGGGCUUCAGCCUGGUGUGACCACCUGGGCCCCCUCCUCGCUCCAGACGCCCUGGAGGAGAGGCCCGAGGCUGGGGUGGCGUGAGCGCUGAGGAGGCCUGUUCCUGGUGGCAUGCAGGCGGAGAGGGGCCCAAGCAUCCCUGCUAUGUCACUAAUGCUGCACUUUAACCAACAGCGCCAAGGCAGAGGGCUGUGGUGGGUGGGACUGAGGUGUGGGAACCUGUGGACCAUAUAGACAGAGUUAGAGGUGGCAACCUUGGCUAAGCACCUACAGAGAAUACUGAGGAAAAGUGAUUAUUUUUGGUAUUUUUUACGAGCUUUAAUUUACAUAUGAUUGAGAUGCACAUACUUAUUAUUAUUAUUAUUAUUAUUAUUAUUAUUAAUACAGCACUUCUUUUGUGUUUUAUAGAUCAAAAUUUCAUUUUAUUUUUUCCUCCCUGUGGGUGUUUGUCAUCUCAGAUAAAGAAAUAGGAUAUGUUUCACAACCCCUUCCAAUCCUGACUCUUAUAUACAUUGUAAAUAAAAAUGGAGGGUUUGGAUACUAA